AAGAUGUAUUUUACUCGAUAAGGAUCGAAUAGAGCUUCGUGAAACGACAUUCAAAAUUCGGUAUUUCUAGGAUAGUUUCGCCAUCCCCUCAAAGCACGAAUAUAAUGAAUCAAAUGCUGCUGCCACGUUUUGACGUUUUUGGUACUACUUUACAGUUUACAGGUUGUUUGACGCGCACUUUGACAUUGCAUUACUGAUUGGCGGUUACUGAACGAUGUGUGUUUGCUAAAGUUCACUGCUACGUGUAAAUUUUACGAAUUUAAAUUAAAAUUUUUAAUAAUUUACUCAAUAUGAAUAAGAAAAAAGCUCACAAAACAAGACGACAAAUUCAAGCAGAAAAAUUAGCUUUUGCAUCAAGUGUAGUGCAAAAAGCUAAUGCACUUGAAAAUCCUUUAGAGCCUUUCAAAAAAUUUCAUCACUAUGUUACCAAGGAGAAUGAAAUAAUUUCUUUACAAGUGAAAAGAGUGAGUGAAUUACCUCAAGAAACUCUUAACUGGAUUUUUGAUUUGAUGGAACGGAAUAUGAAAACUUAUUAUGAACAAUCACAGUGGAAAUGGGAUGCUGCUGCAAAACAAACUGAACUCACUGAGCCUAGUGCAUGGUAUCUAAUAGCAUUUAAUGAAAAUAAUAUGCUUGGAUUUUCUCACUUUCGUUUUGACUUGGACAACCAAGCAGAAGUUUUAUAUUGUUAUGAGCUACAAUUAGAACCCUCUGCAAGACGUAAAGGUCUUGGUCGUUUUAUGAUGCAAUGUCUUGAAGUUAUGGCUUCUAACAACCAAAUGCAAAAACUUGUUCUCACAGUUCUCAAAAAGAAUGUAUCAGCUUGUUCAUUUUUCUUUAAACUUGGCUUUAAAACAGAUAUUACAAAUCCAUCAGCAUCCGAAGGAUUGGAUUAUGCCAUAUUAAGUAAACAAAAUCUUCAAAGAACAUAAGAAAGUGAAAAAUGUACUUUUACAAGAGUGGAAAUGAUGUUGUUAGAAUUUUGUCAAUACAUUAUAAUACAAGAUUUUUCAUAUUUUUUUAAAUAAAAUCCAUUUUUUAUGUAUAAAAUGAUAAAAUGAUAAUUCGUUUAAAAAUUAAUUAAAAAUAAAACAAUGUUAUGAAGUUAUCACAGCAUUGGCAACAAUGUAAA